UCCUUUUGCUCUCUUCUUCCUAUCCUCCCCACACACACACCUGAAAGCUUUUCUCUCAUGGAGACUUGGGAGAAGCCUAUCCCUUCAUCUCACCACCGUCGUCACCCUUCCUUCUCCUCCUCUCUCCUCGACCAAAUCUACCGCUCCAUCGACGAUUCCUCCCCUGCCUCCCUCGACUCCACUAGAAACAAGAAACAUCAUCAUCAUCACCAUCACCGUCAUGAGGUCUCUCCAGCUGAUCACCGCCGCUCUGUCGCCGCUGAUUUCGAGAGAUCCAUGAGGAGGAGUACUACCGCCACCGACUUUCUCAUACAUUCUAACUCCAGCUCCUCUGAUUCUAGCGGCGGUGCAUUCUCAUCUUCCGAGUCUGAUUCUUUCUACGGUCGCUCCAAAUCUUCUGCCUCCCCUCCUCCUCCGUCCAGUACUCGUCAACAACCCAAGCCUAUCCGAACAUCGACCGUCGACCACUCCUCCCCCCUCCAGAAACCUAAAGAACUCGGUGGCUUCUUGAGAACCAAGUCAAAAGCGUUAAAGAUCUACUCCGAUUUGAAAAAAGUGAAACAACCCAUCUCCCCCGGCGGCAGACUCGCUACUUUCCUUAACUCUCUUUUCACCAACGCCGCCGCAGCUAACCCUAAGAAGCAGCGCAAGAAAACCACCUCCCCCGUGCGCGUGGGAGAAACAGUACACUCCUCCUCCACCACAUGCUCCUCCGCCUCGUCCUUCUCCAGGUCUUGCUUGAGUAAAACCCCGUCGUCUAGCGGCAAAUCAAAAAGAUCCGUACGGUUCUGUCCAGUCAAUGUGAUCCUCGACGAAGAUUCCUCUACCAUUCCCAUGCCAUACACUUACAACAACAGGCUCUACGGUAGUAACGAAGAUAAACGCGACGUUAUGGAAGAGCAUCGCCGUGUCAUCCAAGCUGCCAAGGAUCUUCUCAGAACUUACCAUAACAAAAACAAGGUUACUACAACGUACGACGAGGACAUCAAGUACAUCGCCAAUGUAGAAGAAGACGAGGACGAUGAUGCCGCGAGUUGCGCGAGCUCUGAUCUAUUCGAAUUGGAGAAUCUCUCGGCGAUUGGGAUCGAGAGGUAUCGAGAAGAGCUCCCAGUUUACGAAACCACUCGUCUUGAUAAUAUGAAUCGAGCCAUUGCUACUGGCUUAACUGUAUAAUUAUUACUACUUUAGUUAAUGGUUGGGGUGAUUAGUUUUAGUUAAUCCGAUCGUUUUUUUUUACCCCUUGAGGGUUUUUAAUGUUUUACCGCUUCCUAUAAACGGUUUUUGUGUUCUCCUUGUUAAGUAACUUGUGUAUAAUUAAAAUAUAUCUCUUUGGUUAAA